AUUUUUCAGUGCUGGGUUCGGGGGUUACAUUUAAAUUCAAAUUCAACAUCAAAUCUAUAUAAAAAUGGCAAAGCUGUUGGAAAUUUAAAACGCAAUAUAAUCUAUAUUUUCUGACUGGUUGAAAAGAAUGUGGUAUUCGCUGCACACUCAUUUGCGUAAUUCUCCGGCAUUUACGAUACAUUUUGUUGUUGUGUUUUGGUUGGAUACUGUGGCAGUAUGUGGUCAAUAUAUAUAUAUAAAAAACCGGCUAGAACGGCAGCAACGAAAAGCAUAGCCCAGGGGCAAUGCCAUGAGCCACGGUAACAGACUCUCACAGCCUCACAGAAAUGUGGUUGCCCGCAGAUAAUGCGCAGAACAGAACCUAUAUACAAGUAGUAGUGGAAAACCUGUAGUUGGCUUCGCACACACUCAAGCUCAACCCAUACAUUCAUAUACAGAUGAGCGUGAAUAUCUAUGAGUAACGUAACUGCGAUUUGAGGUCUGUGGAAUCACGUUCCACACCAGUUCUGGAUGCCUAAAAAAGAGUAGUCCAAGCUCCAAGCAUAUGAAUCGAUGAAGCUCUCUGCUGUUGCCGUUGUUGCUGCUGUUGAUGAUGUCAUGUGGGAUACAAACACAACUCGAGAUACAGAUACAUACGUUGGAUAAGUUUUCAGACACAAACAAUAGCGGCGGGCGCGUGGCAAGCGGAAUCCGCACGCCCAAUCAAUUGCUGGGCUCCAAGGCGUCAUAUUAUCCACAUUGUCGAAGGUCAUCUACGUCAGGCAGGGCCACAGCUGGCAACAGACCAAACGAAGUGUGUCCUAGACUCCGGAUUCCCAGGGACAAUUGUCGGCUGAUGUCAUGGCCACGAAAAGGUACGAGUAAAUCAAUAAAACAGCACUGCCAACGAAGGGCAACUAAACUCUUUUGGAUGAGUAAUGCGAGCAGGACUCGGCGAGGACGACUCGCAAUUAUUUGAGUUUAUAAGGUCAGGCAAUCUCACGGCACUUGUACUCAACGCUGGAUGAUUUUAUAUUACGGGUAUUCAUACGAACAAUUUCCAUUAGUUUGACCAACACUUCAAGUUGGCUUGUUGUCUCGAGUGUAGCUGAACGAAUGCUCAAUUGAAUUGAAUGACCCUAAACCUGACCCACAAACGAGACAGCAAAUUAGCCCACGACAUUGCCCCAUGGAAUGCUAUGGAAUGUACGCAAUCUUGACUGGCCAUGGGUGGUAAUCGAGUUACCCUGGCCAUUAGGGAUGCCUGGGCAAGUGCAGCAGGCAGAUAAGACUGGCAAUUGAUUGGCUGCAUAACGAAUGCAUUCUGGGGCACCUCCACGCUAGGGGAGGAUAUAAGUACAGGAGGGCGGCCAGCGGCCAGAGCACAGUGACCACGGCAUCGAGGAAGGUCAUGAAGCAUCUACUGACUGCACUCGUGGUGGUGCUGAGUGCCGCCCUUCCCGGGGAGCAGAUCCUGGGCUCGGCCAAGGGCUGCAGCCGGCGCUAUCUGAGGCGGAUCAACGGCAAGUGCUACUAUUUUUCCGUGAAGAAGAUGAACUGGCAUGGUGCACUGAACAAUUGCCUGCGCAAGGGCCUGGUUUUGGCCGAUCUGAGUAACCCAAGAGAUUUCUACGGAGCCGUCGACUUUCUCAGCUCCAAGGGCAACACGGAGGACUUCUGGUUCGGGGGAAACGACCUCCAGCAUGAGGGCCGCUUCCAAUACAUCAGCAACGGGCGCCUGGUGCGCUACUUUGGCAACUACAGCAUUGUGGAGCCAGCGGAGCACUCGGAAUGCGAUGAUUGCCUGGAGGUGCGUAUCCGCUCUAACAUAACAGUGGUGGCGGACGAUAACUGUUUGGAGCGGCAGUACUUCAUCUGUUCGGAGCGCUACUGCAGCGCCGAUAGUGAGGAAGGCGCUGCCGGCAAGCCAAACCAUCACAGCCACGAGCAUCUGCAUCACUUCCAUCACGACAUUGGCGAGAGCGCCGGCGAAGAGGAGGAGGGUUUCAACGAAGCCCCGCCCAUUGGCAGCGGCUCUGGGGAGAAUGACGCCAGCAAUUCGGAGGGUGCUGUAGAGUUUCCAGACCUGCCCGAUGACGCCACUGCUGGCUCCACUACACCGUUAAGCGAUAUCCUUCCAGAAGGAUUGGGAGGCGAAGCUGAACCCGUCGAAGCCCCCCCUGCAACUGGAGAAGAAGUUCCGGCAGGGGAUACCGGACACGGCGAAGAAGGAGGUACUACGGAAGAAGGAGCCAUAGAAGAAUAUACGCUGGAAGCCGGAGAGGAAGGUGGAGAAGCCGCUGCGGGAGCAGGUGGAGAAGCUGCUGAGGGAGAAGACACUCUAGCCGGAGAGGGAGGAGAAGCUCCUGACACUGAAGGAGAAGCUGCUCCGGCGGUCGAGAGAGAAGUUGCACCAGCGGCCGAAGGAGAAGCAGCUCCAGCGGCCGAAGGAGAAGCAGCUCCAGCGGCCGAAGGAGGAGCAGCUCCAGCGGCCGAAGGAGAAGCAGCGCCAGCGGCCGAAGGAGAAGCAGCUCCAGCGGCCGAAGGAGAAGCAGCUCCAGCAGUCGAAGGAGCAGCUACGCCAGCAGCCGAAGGAGAAGCAGCUCCAGCGUCCGAAGGAGAAGCAGCUCCCGCGGCCGAAGGAGAAGCAGCGCCAGCGGCCGAAGGAGAAGCUACGCCAGCAGCCGAAGGAGAAGCAGCUACAGCGUCCGAAGGAGAAGCUGCACCAGCAGCCGAAGGAGAAGCAGCUCCAGCGGCCGAAGGAGAAGCUACGCCAGCCGCCGAAGGAGAAGCUGCUCCAGCUGCCGAAGGAGAAGGUGCACCAGCGGCCGAAGGAGAAGCAGCUCCAGCGGCCGAAGGAGGAGCAGCUCCAGCGGCCGAAGGAGAAGCUACGCCAGCGGCCGAAGGAGAAGCAGCUCCAGCGGUCGAAGGAGAUGCAGCUGCAGCGGCCGAAGGAGAAGCAGCUGCAGCGGCCGAAGGAGAAGCAACUCCAGCGGCCGCAGAAGGAGCAGCUCCAGCGGCCGAAGGAGAAGCAGCUCCAGCGGCCGAAGGAGAAGCUGCUCCAGCUGCCGAAGGAGAAGCUGCGCCAGCGGCCGAAGGAGAAGCCCCAGCUGCACGAGUACCGCCAGCUGCACGAGUACCCCCAGCAGCACGAGCACCCCUAGCAGCGAUGCACCACAUAAUCUAAUACAAAUUCAGUUAUGACCUAUUAAAUCAUUUUAAAAUAAAAUAAAAAAACCUUGAGCCAAAGUA